AGCGGCUCGCGGCGGAGGGAGGGAAGGCCGAGUCCGGGAAGCGGAGCUCCGCGCUGGGACUGGUUCCUUCGCAGCCAUUUUCUGUCCAACCAAACAGCCGAUUGGAGACGGGAGCCAACCAGGGCUGCAUUGGAGGUUGAGACACCUUUUUAGACAGUUGUUCUUAAGUGCCACUGACAACACUGUUCUGACAGUAUUUCAUGACCAUGGAUGGUGACAGUUCUACAACAGAUGCUUCUCAACUUGGAAUUUCUGCCGACUAUAUUGGAGGAAGUCAUUAUGUUAUUCAGCCUCAUGAUGAUACUGAGGACAGCAUGAAUGAUCAUGAAGAUACAAAUGGUUCAAAAGAAAGUUUCAGAGAACAAGAUAUCUAUCUUCCCAUUGCAAAUGUGGCUAGGAUAAUGAAAAAUGCCAUACCUCAAACAGGAAAGAUUGCAAAAGAUGCCAAAGAAUGUGUUCAAGAAUGUGUAAGCGAAUUCAUCAGCUUUAUAACAUCAGAAGCAAGUGAAAGAUGCCAUCAAGAGAAGCGGAAGACAAUCAACGGGGAAGAUAUUCUCUUUGCCAUGUCUACCCUAGGCUUCGACAGUUAUGUGGAGCCUCUGAAAUUGUACCUUCAGAAGUUCAGGGAGGCCAUGAAAGGAGAGAAGGGCAUUGGUGGAGCAGUCACAGCCACGGAUGGACUAAGUGAGGAGCUCACAGAGGAAGCAUUUACUAACCAGUUACCAGCUGGCUUAAUAACUGCAGAUGGUCAGCAACAGAAUGUCAUGGUUUACACAACGUCUUAUCAACAGAUCUCUGGAGUUCAACAAAUUCAGUUUUCCUGAUCUGAAGACAUGAUGGAGUGGGUACAUAGUGGAGGGAGUGUACAGUUCUGGAACAGAGACAGUAGGGGCAGUGACUGUGAAAAGAUGUCUCUUUGUACAUUAAGUAGCUGUAAUGUAGCUUCCUGAUGCUUGACUAAUUGAGGUGUUAAUUCUGACUUGAGAACCUUUUUCAUGAAUAAUUUUAAAGAAAAAUUUGGAUUUUAAAGGUAUUAAAAUAUUUUUGUUUUGUACAAGAGUUUGUUGCUCUGUAUGACGCCUGUAUGCAUUGUAUAUUGCAAUUUAUUACUGUCAGAGAUUUGUAGACAGUUUCUUAUUUUCAUAUUGAAUCAUGUUACUUUUGUAAUUCAAGUAAGCAGCUGGGUUAACUCAUGAUGUUUACCCUUUUAAUAAAAAUAGAAGGGUAGAGCUCAUUUUGAAUGCAAGUUGCCUUUAUUAUAAAUUUGAGUUUGUCUUGGCCAUAUAAUAUCUUGCAUGGUAGCCUAGCUAGAUUUUUAGCAUUUGCUGUAUUUAUUAAGAUUACUUUUUUUUUUUGGUUAAAAUAUUCAUAGCUUAAGCAGCAUCAUUUUUUUAAAAAAUGUAAUUGAGGAAGUGUGAAUGCAGAUGCAGAUCAGUUGCCCUGUAAAACCUGGUGCCCACUAGCAGUGUUCACACUGUUCACUGUGCCUGGAACUUGUGUUGACACUAGAAUCAUUUCUGAGUUUUGUUACUAACUAUGAGUAAGUAUUACAACUGCUUUCAGUUUCUCCCUUUCAUUUGGCUUUUUUUUUCAAAGCAUAUCUUUAAAUAUUACAGUGUCCUCUUCUGAGGAGGAAUUUUGUAGUCAGAUGGUAAAUGUCCUUGCUCUUUUAUUUUUUUAAUUAAAAAUGUCAGGUUUCCUGUUAUACCCUGGGAACUAAGACCAUUGGACAUCAUUGUGUAUAGACUUUUGCAUGAAUGAGUGAGCAAACCAGAGAACAGAGUGAGUGCAAUGAAUGGUGGGAAAAGAAGCCUCCACCUCCAAGUGUGCCGUUUUCAUCUUUGCAAUAAACAAAAUCUUAGAUAAUGCAACUUUGUAUAAUUUAAAUUUAGUAGUAUGUACUUGGACUGUCCCUUUUUUAAAAGUGAGGAUUUGUAUUUUCUCCUUUAGUCUUUUUGAUGAUAAUUAACCUGAGGGUUUGUUUUUUAGUUUUAGUGUCAGAAAUGGCUAUUGUAUAGUUUUCUUGGAAGGAAGUUUGAGUGGAUGUCAGACACUCAAAUGUAUAAGGUAGAAGCAAUUUCCCAGAAGCAUCUACUCUGGCCAGGAGCCUUGGGAGCAUCUGGGCUGUUCCAAGGCUCUUCUCCCUCACUUCCCAUCCACUUUCAAAAGUGAUCUUCAUUAUAGAAAAAUACACAUAGGGUAAAAAAGAAGAGGGUAGUUAAAAGCAAAAUCUAAUCAUCAUCCUUCUAUGUUGAAAUAACCAAUGUUAAUAUUUUGAUAAAUAUCAUUUGUCCUUUACUUUGCUAAAUAUGUAUAUUUUUAUAAAAAUGAGCUCAUAUUGUGCACACUGUUUUGUAACCUGCUUUUUUCACUUAACAAUAUAUUGUGAACAUCUUUCCCAGGU